AUGGUUCCAACUACCAGCUAUGCUAGCCCAUUCCUUCGGUAUGGGUUGUCCCGCCGGUUUAGCCUGCGCCGGCGCUUCCUCCAGGGUCUUUUACUUUGUAUGAUAACCUGGACGAUACUGGAAACCCUUUAUAUCCAUCACCAAGCUUCUACUGUGGAUGUGGCCAAGGACCACCUGUCACCCCGACCCGAGCGGCUAUUCAUCGCGAGCAUGCACUGGAACAACGAACCAAUCCUGCGAAGCCAUUGGAAUGAUGCGGUAAUAGAACUGGCAAAAUCAUUUGGACCAGAUAAUGUUUUUGUGAGCGUCUACGAGAGCGGGAGUUGGGAUGAUUCUAAGGGGGCUCUCCGCGAGCUUGACGCUGGGCUGGACCGACUUGGCGUGCGGCGCAACAUCACCCUAUCGGACACGACACAUCAGGAUGAGCUAUCCUCUCGUCCCCGAGAAGGCUGGAUCGAUACACCUCGCCAAAAGAAGGAACUCAGACGCAUUCCUUAUCUUGCGCGGCUACGCAAUCUGACCUUGCAACCACUAGAAGACUUGUCGCAGCAAGGCAUUACAUUUGACAAAGUGCUGUUCCUGAAUGAUGUGGUCUUCACUGUGGAUGAUGUUAUCCGGUUACUUGAUACAAAUGAUGGUGUCUACGCUGCCGCUUGCUCGCUGGACUUUUCUAAACCGCCGCUCUAUUAUGACACAUUUGCCUUGCGCGAUUCGAACGGCGACGAGCAUGUAAUGCAGAAGUGGCCAUACUUCAGGUCUGCAGCAUCACGCAAUGCGCUACUUGCCCUGUCUCCUGUGCCUGUCAAGAGUUGCUGGAACGGAAUGGUUGCUAUGCCUAUAGAGCCUUUUGUUUCCACUCCUCCGCUACGGUUUCGCGCUAUCUCCGAUUCCCUGGCGCUUUCACAUCUCGAGGGCUCUGAAUGCUGUUUGAUUCAUGCGGAUAACCCCCUCUCCAAGCAAGACGGGGUUUACUUGAACCCUAAGGUUCGUGUCGGCUAUAACCCUGCCGCCUAUGAAGCUGUUCACCCUACAGGGGCCUGGUUAUCGCUGCAACAUGUGGCAUUAGCUCUUUGGGAGAACCGACUCCGACGCUGGUUUACAACACCAUUUUUCAAAAAGCUGGUUGUCCGCAAGAGGAUUGCUGGAUGGCAUGAUGACCAUAUCGAUGAGCAAGAACCUGGUGACUUCUGUUUGAUCAAUGAGAUGCAGGUGCUUGUCUCUAAUGGUUGGGCACACGUUUGA